UCAAAGUCACACCACCGGACUGUCAUAAAGCAAGCAGCAGGAUGGUCCUCUGUGCACUGAGGCAACAGGUCCUGAGGUGCAGCAGUCACUGCAGAACCUGGGCAAGGCUGCCACAGAGACAGAGGAGUGGCUGUGUUUACUCCAGCAUCCACGGCUUCAACCAGGAUGAGAUCAAAGAGAAGCUGCAGGCCUUUCAUGGAGGCUCCAUUGAUCUGCUGAAACAGGACUCUGGCAUUGCGGUGCUGACCAUCAACAACCCAUCUCGCAUGAAUGCUUUCUCUGGCAGUAUGAUGGUAGAUCUGGAGGAAAGGGUGAGCCAGCUGGAGAACUGGCCAGAGGGCAAAGGCCUCAUAGUUCAGGGUGCAGCUGAAACGUUCUGCUCUGGGUCGGACCUUAAUGCUGUCCGAGCAAUAUCUAACCAACAGGACGGGAUGAAGAUGUGUAUGUUCAUGCAGAAUAGUCUUACGAGGCUGCUCAGGCUCCCCCUGAUCUCUGUUGCUCUGGUGGAAGGGAGAGCAUUGGGAGGAGGCGCAGAACUCACGACUGCCUGCGAUUUCAGAUUAAUGGCAGCAGGCAGCGUGAUCCAGUUUGUCCAUAAACACAUGGGUCUGGUCCCAGGCUGGGGCGGUGCUGCCCGACUUGUCCACUUGGUCGGAAGCCAGAACGCACUGAAGCUGCUUGGCGGGGCUGUAAAAGUGGAUCCCGAGCUUGGCGUGAACAUUGGACUGGUGGAUGGAGUCCUGGAAGGCCAUCAGAAUGCAGAAGGUGCUGCCCCUCUCCUGCAGCAGGCUGAAAACUGGCUCAGUCGAUACACAAAGGGACCUGCCCCAGUGAUCCAAGCUGUGAAGAAAGUGGUGCUGUCAGGCAGAGAGCUUCCUUUGUCUGAAGCUCUGAGGACUGAGAAGGACAUAUUUGGGACGGUGUGGGGCGCUCCGGCUAACCUGGAGGCCCUGGCGAGCAAGUCCAAACACAAAUGACUUUUGUGGAAACUCAUUUUAGGGGACUGAAGACUAUUAUAUUAUAUUAGUUUUUGACUGGGGACUACUAGGCGCAUCUGUGCAAAUGCAGUGAUAGUGAGAGAUGAGUCAUUGCACAGUGCUGUGGUUGUGAUUUUUGUUGCAUCUCUGUGACUUUAUGCCUACAAGUUUAGAUGUUAAGAAGCAAAAUAACCCACUGAAGCUUCCUUUCUUUAAUGUUGCAUACAGAACUUCCAGGUAAUGUAAAUAAAUAAAAAUCUGGAUUAUGCAUCUGCCCCUUUGCUAAAAAUACAGCAUCCGUGGUGCAAUGUCAAGUCAUAAGAAAUGUAGUAUCAUUCCCACUGUGGAGACUGAAAUUAUUUGGAUUUGUUUACAUUCAUGCCCAGUGAACAUGCUGUAUGAUCCUGUUGUGUUAGGGAUUUAUAUUUUUCCUAAACCCUUUCAGUGCUAAUUCAGCAGAUGAACAGUGUGUAUCCCCCGGCUCCUCUGACUACGUAAUUAUGGAAAUAUUUAGAUCAAUCCAGGCUGAUUAACACUGAAGCAGACAAGACAUUGAAGUAUAAUCAGCAUGAGGUAGACUCAUCUUUCUGUAGGACAGAGAAACACUGUAGUCAUCUUCCCUCUUGUGUGUCCUACACAGGUACUUGUGUAGUUUAUAUCAGCUGAUCCUUCAGAUUUCCUCAGUGUCCAUGUCGCUGUGGCCUAUUAGGAAAACCUUGGCUGUAGGAAUGUUUUCCAAGUGGGUAUCACUGCUUUGCUCAGUAGCUCUCAUCUUCUGCAUUAGGAACAUUCAAAAUUCUGAAGUGCUGGGCUAAAUUAAGCAUUUCAGCCAUACAUAGUAAAUAUCAUAAGUUGUA